AUGAAGCUCCUUUUGCUGACUCUGGCCGCACUGCUGCUCUUGUUCCAGCUCACUCCAGGUAGCGCCCUAAAAUGCUGGAAUCUUCAUGGCAAAUGCCGCCAGAACUGUUUCAAGAAGGAAAGGGUCUAUAUUUACUGCACAAAUAAUAAAAUGUGCUGUGUGAAGCCCAAGUACCAGCCAAAAAACCUUCCAUGGAAAGUUUAA